UAUCAACGGAGCUGUCACUGUCACAUCCACGUUUUCGAUUUUCUGAGAUUGUAACCUCAAAAAUUCUGCCUUUCUGUUUGAAACCUGGAACGAAUUGACUGUUAGAUUCUGUAGAGCCUAAGAAGAAAUCAUUUAAAAUGCUCGUCAUUCAAACCAAUGAGAAUAAUCCUUCGACUCUCAAGAUUUUGAUCGCAGCGAAUUUCAUUCGUGUUAAGGCUACACUCGAAAUACCUAGUCGCGAGACUGUGUUAAAAUGUCGACGUCUACCUUCACUUACAAUUAAUGAUAAUUUAAUAUUUAUUCCGAAUGCCGCCGCAUAUUAUUUAUUUCCACCUACUGUAAAUCAAUCAAAGACUGACGAGUGGUUAGAAUGGGAAUCCACUGUAUUAUCUCCUAAUAUAGCUAUUACUUUAGGAACUUCAUUCAAGAAUCCAUCCUCGAAAAAGAAUUUAAUUAACAACUUGAAGAAACUCAAUGAUGCAAUAUCUGCUAGUCAAAGAUUUCUAGGUGGUGAUACAAUUUCUGUGUGCGAUAUUGCUAUAUGGUCCACAUUAUAUCCAUUAUACAAAGAUGCAGGUCUUGUAACGGAAUAUUUAUCCGAGUUAAAAAAUGUGUCCAUAUGGUUAAAAAGUUUGGAGUCAAUGCCAGAAUUUAAGAAAGCGUUACAAGACUUCAAGGUAACUGCCGGCAGUUCCGCAUAUCAAGUAUUAUUUAAUAGUGCAAAAUAUUUUGUUUCUGCAUCAGCUACCAAUGAUGAAAUGGUAUCAUCUCCUCAACAUGCAAGUGACCCUGUCACUGCCGAUGAAAUUCUUGCAGCAAAGAAAGCUUGGAAUGAAGUGAAAAGUGCACUACUACCUAAAAAAGAAGUUGUACCUGUGUUGCCUGUACCUGGCGAAAAAAACAUUUUAAUUACUUCUGCUCUUCCGUAUGUCAAUAAUGUUCCUCACUUGGGCAAUAUUAUUGGUUGUGUACUUUCGGGAGAUGUUUUUGCUAGAUUCUCCCGCCUGUGCAAUUACAAUACAUUGUACAUUUGCGGAACUGACGAGUACGGAACGGCCACUGAAACAAAAGCUUUAGAAGAAGGUCUUACUCCUCAGCAAAUAUGUGACAAAUAUUUUGAGAUUCACAAUGCAAUUUAUCGUUGGUUUAACAUCGGAUUUGACCACUUUGGGCGCACAACUACUCCUGAACAAACAAGCAUUACUCAAAAAUUUUUCUUGGAUUUAAAUUCGAAUGGAUUUAUGCAAGUAGAGUCUGUCGAGCAACUGUUGUGCGAGAAGUGCGAUCGAUACUUAGCUGAUCGGUUUGUGGAAGGCGGUUGUCCACAUCCUGGUUGUAAUUACGACGACGCCAGAGGAGAUCAGUGUGACAGUUGUGGCAAGCUAAUCACGGCGAGCGAGCUAAUAAAUCCGCGAUGCAAAGUGUGCGGCACAAGGCCGGUUGUCAAGAAUUCGGAUCAGUUCUUUUUAGAUUUGCCAAAAAUAGAACCAUUAUUAUAUCACUGGAUGAAGAACUCUUCCCCUGGAUGGUCGAAUAACGCCAGCGUAAUUGCUCAAUCAUGGGUGAGAGAGGGGUUGAAGCCGAGAUGUAUAACUCGAGACUUGAAGUGGGGAGUUCCUGUACCACUGGAUGGAUAUCGUGAUAAGGUGUUUUAUGUGUGGUUUGAUGCACCAAUCGGUUACGUAUCCAUAACAAAGAGAUACACCGAGCACUGGGAGAAGUGGUGGAAACCAAGUGCAGAUACUCCAGUAACAUUAUACCAAUUUAUGGCCAAAGAUAAUGUACCAUUUCAUUCCGUCAUGUUUCCAGCAUGUUUGCUGGGCCUGAACCAAGGGUAUACUCUCGUCCAACAUAUAAUGGCAACCGAGUACUUAAAUUAUGAAGAUGGAAAAUUCUCGAAAUCCAGAGGUGUGGGAGUUUUUGGAAAUAAUGCUCAAGAUACAGGAAUACCUAGCGAUGUGUGGAGAUUUUAUUUGUUGUACAUUCGACCUGAGUCCCAAGAUUCUAGUUUCAGUUGGAACGAUCUUGUAACAAAAAAUAAUUCUGAAUUGCUUAAUAAUUUGGGCAACUUCAUUAAUAGAGCGCAAGUAUUUGCAGAAAAGUUCUUUAAUGGUGUAGUACCUGAUAUGAAUUUGAAUGAUGAGGAUUACACUUUACUAGCACUGUGCACCAGGGAGGUAAAAGAAUAUGUUAAAGCGGUCGAGAAAUGUAAAUUACGAGAUGGUAUUAGACACAUAUUGACCAUUUCGCGGCAUGGCAAUCAGUACAUGCAAGUAUCUGAACCGUGGGUGCAGGUCAAAGGAACAGAUGAACAAAAGGCCAGAACAAAAACCGUGAUCGGUCUUUGCUGUAAUCUCACGUGUCUUUUAGCAGUACUGUUAUCACCGUACAUGCCUAACACCAGCCGUACUAUUCGCAAACAAUUGAAUGCUCCCGAUACCGUCUGCGUUCUAGAUCCAGACAACCCUGAGAUAACAAACCUGCUUAAAGCCGGUCAUCAAUUGGGAAAACCAUCACCACUAUUUGACAAAAUUGAUCAGGCAAAAGUUGACGAGUUGAAGAAACAAUUUGGUGGCAAACAAGAAACUUCCCCUAAGAAGGAGGUCGGGGACGUAUCUGCAUUAGAAGCCUCUGUCAAUCAACAAGCCGACAAAGUUAGAGCUUUGAAAUCAAGUGGAGCUGCUAAAACUCUAUGGCAACCUGAAGUCAAUAUUCUGUUAGAUUUAAAAAAGCAACUGGAAGCUGCUAAAACAACCGUAACUGAGAAAGUAAGUACGGAGGUAAAAGUUUCUGCAGAGGAUGCUUUAGCAUUAGAACAAAAAGUAGAGGAGCAGGCUACAUUGGUACGUAAUUUAAAAUCUAGUGGUGCUCCAAAAACCGAAUGGCAGCCACAGGUUAACAUGUUAUUGGAAUUAAAACAGAAACUAGCUUUGGCAACAGGUAAACCUAUUGUGCAGGCGAAGAAAAGUAAGAAGUAAGGUUGUGAGAAUGGGAGUUUAUGUAAUAUUUUGUGAUGUAUUGACGCUUUAAUUUUGAACCUUUCUAGUUAUUUAUUUAAUUAGAUCUUUUACAUCCUUAAUAAAAACUGUCUUCGUGUAAUA